GGAUAUACGCUUCCAACACAUACCCGCUUCCUAAUAUUUUAAAAAAUCUCGCUUCUACGCUUCCUUACGCUUCCGCUUCCACGUACCCGCUUCCGUUUCCAUGUAACAUAGGUAGAAAUUAACUUGGUCUAUGCAGUUGCAUAUUAAUCACAAACCAAUCGCACACGUCUUAUUUUUUGAAUAAUAGUACGAAAAAAAUUGGUUACCGACAAAAAAGGAAAAAGUCAAUCUGAUCCGAUUUAAAAUAGUUCAAGUGUAGUCAACCGUUAACCAAUAUCUCAUUUAAAUCCUUAUAUUAUAAGCUACCAGAUAAUUAAUAUAAAUGUUUACAUACAUUUUAUUUUUUUCCACUGAAAGAUAAGUAAUUUUUUUUUAUCAACUAAAGAUAAGUAAUUUAAAGAUUUAAAAAGACAUGACAAUUGCAUUACGUACGUUGCAUCUCAUCUCCCAACCAUUAAAUAAUUGAGACUGUUCUACCGUUCUAGUUCCGAAAUUCUAAAAAUACAUAUAUAUGUAUGUAUAAAUAUAUAUAUAUUAAUAUUAAUAUUUAAUUGUAGGAUUUCUUAAAUUUAAUGGAAAUCCAACCUAAAAUAUAUGGUUUCAAAUAUUUUGGAUUGAGUUUUCCGUAAAAUUAAACACCGUAAUUACAUAUAUAUAAUAUAUGGGGAAUUGCCACUAAUACCACUUUCCUAAUACCACUUUUCAACUUUACACUUUUCAAAUUUACCUUUAAAAUUUUAGUAGGUAAAGUACCAUUAUACCCUUAUUUAAUCAAACAUAAACAUAAGUCUUCUCCCACAAGAAAUUGAAAAUUCAAAAACCCCUAAUCGAGAGAUUGAUUCCGGCGAUCGAGAGAUUCCAACGAGAGAUCGAUUCCGGCGAGAGAGAUCGAUUCCUUCGAGAGAGAUCGAUUCCGGCGAGAGAGAUCGAUUCCGGCGAGAGAGAUUCGAUCCGUCGAGAGAGUUUCGACGACUUCAGCCAUUUUCACCGGCGAGAUUUGAUUAUUCAGGCGACAUUGACGUCCGACGAGAUUUGGCGUAGACUACAAGCUCAAUCGAAUCAAUCUCUCUUCACGAACGUAACAAAGUGAUUUUCGUCUCUUUUCUGUAAUUUUUGCUUGGUUUCUCAAAAUCGAUCGGUUUCUGGGAAGGAGACGAAUUUUUCUCAUGAAGUUUUCGAAUCUCAGAUUUAUAAAACCUUAUAAAUUUUUAGCUAUGAGGAAUAUAGUUUUAUGUAUUUUUCUUAUUGAUAUAUCUUGUUGAUCAUUCCUUCUCUAAUACCCAUGUUCUUUAUAAUCAGGUUAUGGUGUUCGAAAUUUGUUCUAUAUGUGGAGAAUGGAAACUAAUAAAUGGAAUUCACUGGGAUUUCAUAGUGGAUGAUCAACGAGGAUCCUCUCUUAGUAUGAUUCAUGAAGAUAUCAGCUACAAUGAUUUGAUUGUGGCUGUUUUAGAAGAUUUUGGAAUUGAUGGCAACAGAAACAGUGUAAAUCUUAGCUAUGCCUCACCUUCAAAAUUAAACUUUGGUACAAAAGAGCUUCCUCCAGCAUUUAUUAGGAAUGAUCGUCAAGUAACAUCUUAUCUGAGCAAACUUAAGGAGAAUGGAGACCUUCAUCUAUGUGUAACCAUUAAGAGAAGAACUCAAUUAUCACCAAUGAUUAUGUCAAAUAUGAUCCAGCCACGGGGUGGAAAUAGUAAUCAUGAUUUGCCUAUUGCUGGAACUAGUAAUCCGCGUGAGACAGGAACACAAAAAUCACCAUUGAUUAUGUCAAACAUGAUUCAGACACAAGAUGAAAUUUCUAGUACUCAUGAUUCGCCUAUUGCUGGAAGUAGUAAUGUAUUUGAGAGAGGAACAAAAACACACGCGGAGACUGAAUGGAACAGCAUUCAGAGAGUUGACGAAGUCUCUGGUAUACAACAUACUUGUAUUAGCGACAGUCUUAUUUCUCCUUCAAGUGGUCUUGUUAGCAAUAAGAGAGGAUUGGACUCGAUUGGACUUGCUGUAUAUGGGUCUGGAAAGUCAAAAUUGCCAUCUUUCUCCAGUAGACGUGGUAGAGAAAGCAUGGGAGAAGAUAUCUUGUCUCCCAGUUGUGGUGAUGAUGAUGAUUUGUUCUGCGGGAAGUUUUUCAAGGAUAAAAAGGAAAUGAGCACAAAGUUGAGGUUGCAUGCAGUUAGUAAAAGCUUUGAGUUCCACACAGAAUAUUCAGACAAAACACGUUAUGUUCUUAGUUGUGUGGAUGAAAGAUGCAGUUGGAGUUUUCGUGCAAAAUCAGUUAAAGGAUCUCAGAGUUUUUUUGUUCGUCAUUAUGUAUCUAAACAUACUUGUGACACUUCUCUGAGAACUGUUAGUCAUCGGCAAGCUACUGCAAAAUUGUUGGGAACUAUGGUCAGCAAUCAUUAUGAAGGAGGAAAGAUUGGGCUGAAACCUAAACAGAUCAUGGAAAAAGCUAGAAAUGAUCAUGGUGUUGUGAUUACAUAUUCAAAGGCUUGGAGGUCUCAAGAGCACGGCCAAGAUAUAGCUAGGGGUACUCCUGAUGACAGUUAUGAAGCUUUGCCCAGUUGGUUUCACAUGAUAAAAGAAAAGAAUCCAGGUUCUGUGACUUUUAUCGAAGUUGAUGCUGUUGGGAAAUUCAAAUACGCAUUUUUGUCGCUUGGUCCAUCUAUCAGAGGGUUUAAGUUGAUGAGGAAGGUACUUUCUGUUGAUGGUGCCCAUCUGAAAUCAAAGUAUAAAGGGACUCUACUUGCUGCCACAGCACAAGAUGGUAAUUUUCACUUGUAUCCUAUAGCUUUUGCUAUAGUUGAUUCUGAGAAUGAAGCCUCAUGGAGUUGGUUUAUGAAAUGUCUGAAAACCAUCAUUCCUGAUGAAGAGGAUUUGGUUUUUGUCUCUGAUCGUGCGGCCUCUAUUGAAAAAGCUCUUUUACAACAUUAUCCUGUUGCUCACCAUGGAAUCUGCAUCUUUCACUUUCAAAAGAAUGUCCAGGACAAUUUCAAAAGUUCAACACUUGUCCCUUUGGUUGUUGAAGCUGGUUAUGCCUACACCAAAGCUGAUUUCGAUUGCUAUUUUCAAGAGAUUGAGGAGUCCGACAUUGUAUUAGCAGAUUAUCUUCGUAAAGCAGACUUCAGGAAGUGGACCCGAGCUUAUUCUCCUGCUAAUCGCUUCAACAUCAUGACGUCAAACUUGGCCGAAUCUAUAAAUUCUUUGCUGAAAGUGAGUCGUGAGUAUCCAAUUGUCUGUCUUUUUGACACUAUUAGGAUGAUAAUGACUAAGUGGUUCACUGAACGACGUGAGGAAGGAGUUCGUCACAUGCACCCUGUCACUGUCGAAGUGGGGAACAAGAUGAAGGAGCUAUAUGAUUUUACGUCUCGCUUCCUUGAAGUUUCCAAAAUCAAUGAUUCAGAGUUUGAGGUUAAGGGAGAUACAAGAGAUCAAGUGGUGAAUUUUCAAACAAGGCAUUGUUCAUGUUUUGUGUUUGAUAUUGAGAAGUUUCCUUGUGCUCAUGCAAUUGCCGCUGCAAAAUCUGGGAAUAAGCACGAAAAUGAUUAUGUCGAUGAGUUUUUCUCCAAUGAAAGGUUUACACUAGCAUAUUCAGAGAGUGUAUAUCCUGUUGGUGAUAAAACAUAUUGGGAUAUUCCUCCCCAUGUAGCUUCGUUUGUUUGUCGCCCUCCAUCUACACGCUUUCCUAGUGGGAGGAGGAAAAAAAAGAGGAUACCAAGUUCGUGGGAGUAUGGAAAAUAUCGGCCCAUAUCUAAACCAUCACCCAAGGCUUACAAAUGCAGCAGAUGUGGACAGAAAGGACACAACAAAGGUAGUUGUGUAAGGCCUAUUUGAUAACAGAGUAGUAUAAAAACUUGUGUGCAAUUGAUUAUUUUAUAUGAUGUUAUAAGAGAGAAUUGGAAUCGAAUAGAUUUUGGGGAACCUUUUACUAUUACAUUUUAUCGUUUUAUAAUGAUUUAUAAAGUUUACAGGUGUCUAAUAGAAGUUAUGUUCCUUUUAUUUUUACAUCUAUCAUUUUAUAAUGCUUUAUAAAUUUUGCAGGUGUCUAAUAGAAGUUAUGUUAUUUAUUAUACGAAAUGUGUGGUUACAUAAACUACCCUUUAUAAAUCAUUAGGAUUCAGAUUAAUUGUAGAAAUUAUAUGUUCGUUUGAUAUCUUAGCUUACUUGCAUGAACAUAAAUAAAAUAUGUUUCCUUAGCAAAGGUUUAAGGUACAAACCAAAAUAUAUUUUCCUCAUCAUGAAGGAUUAAGGGACAAGCCAAAAGAUGUUCCUCAUUGAAGACAUCAUCAAAAGAUAACACACUAAAACUGAAAAAGUUCCAUAGAUAUUUGUUAAAAGUACUAAAAAACUGAAAGAGCUUCAUUUCUUCAAAUUCGCGAUGCUUCUAAUCGGCAUUUUUAAGAUCUUCCAAAACACUUCCUAUCACAUCAUCAGCUGAAUCUUUCUCAAAUUGUUUCUUUUGUUUUUUCGAUUUGGGGGUGCCAACAUUGUGUUCCUUUAUAAGCAUAACAAUUAAGAAAAUCAGAAAUGAUAAUUGGAUGUAGUCAAUGAAAUUUGAAAGAAUAUUUUAUAAACCAUUAUACAUAGAGAGAUAUUUACCUUAUUUCCUCUUCCAUUCUUCUUUGUAAACUUCACGUGCUUUUUAGAUGCAUCCUCAUUCCCUUCUCCAUCCUUCAAUUUUAAUGACACAAUAAGUAAAGUUACAUAGAGCAUAUUAAACAUUUAAAAAGUCAAUCAGUUUAUAAAGACUUAUAAAUCAGCUUACUUCAUUGGUUUCUGCAUGAUCUUCUACUUGUUGUUGUACUUCACGUGGGGGUGUUACACCUUUCUUCUUUCCCUUAUAUUACAAGACAAAUAAAUAACUUAGCAAUUUCGAUUUUAAUAACAGCCUUUGUAAAUCAGAAAUGAUAAUCAGAAAGAACAUUUUAUAAACUAUUAUACA